UCUAUAAGGUAGGAGUAAGGUGUGCGUAUACACUGCCCUUCCUAGACUCCAUUUAUGGGAUUGCAUUGGAUUUUUUUUUUGUUGUUGUUGUGCUAUUUUGCUAUUGCUAUUGUUCUUGUCUUUAUUAUUUUCAACAUGGCUUCUUCAUUAUAUUUCUUUUGAGCCGAGGGUCUAUUGGAAAUAGUUAUCUCUACCUCUAAGGUAGGAAUAAAAUAUGCAUACACAUUAUUGUCCCCAAAUCCCACACUCUGUAGGAAUAUAUUAGGUAUGUUGUUGUUAUUGUAGUGGUAUUUUCUGUUGUGAAAUGUGAGUUGGGAUUACUUUCAGUUUCAUUUCCUAAUAUGAGAAUGGUUCAAAUGAUGCUAAAAUGUGUUCAAGAUUCCUUGAAGCUGCCUCUAGUUUUAUAGCAAAUACCAAAAAGAGAAAAGAAAAAAUAGAUCUUUUUGCAAAUUUUACACUUUUCAAGCUCAAGUUCUUAAUUUUUCUUUUCAGCUACAGUAAUCAUGUUUAUUUUCUGAAUAUUGCAAAUUGGACCUUGGGGUCUGCUUCUCAGUGGGCUUUUCCCCCAUUAGGAUUGGGUGAAAUGUUGCAUGAAUUGUUGUUUAGUUGGAUGACAGACUGCUGUGAGCAGUGGUGGAGCCAGGAAUUGUUACAAGGGAUUUAAAAAAAGAAAUUCACACAUGUGAUUUUGACCUGUAUUUCUCUCAUGGGAGAUCCAAAACAUUAUAUGUUUAUAAGAAGAAUUUUGAUUUUACUCUAUUUACGCAGUAUAACUUUGCGUGUGGCUCUGCCACUUGGUUGCGCGCAGGAGUUUUGUUAAGUAUAGGGUGGGCAGAGGAAUAAUCAGAGGUGGAUCCAUGAUUUGAACUUUAUAAGUUUGGAUUUGGAACUCUACCACAUCCCGUCUAAUUUACUUGGUUCGAAAUAUGUUAUUUGUACUUAUUUACUGAGUCUUUUAAUGCAAACAAGGUCUAAGUAGCUUGUCUAAGUUCAAAGCUACUGGGUUCGAGUGAACCCAUAGCUCCUUUACUAGAUCCGCCCCCAGGAAUAAUGCAGCUUUCAUUGAUCUUUCGUUGGCUAGUAGUAGGCUUCAGAUUUUAUCUUUUGUCAGUGCAUUGAAUAGAAUAUGACUAACCAGAGUGAACAUUGUUGAGGAGUUCUAUUCGAAGAUAAUGAAGCAACUUGGGCCCCUAGGGCUUUAGUCUAGUGGUAAGAGCGCGACUUAUUAUGUGCGGGUUAGGCGCAUGUCACGAUUUCGAACCUUAUCGCAGAUAAAUGCAUAGAGGGGCAGGUCAUCAUCCACCGAAUUUCGGACCGUGUGGCAUUGGCCCUCGGAGGAAAAAAGAUAAUGAAGUAACUUGGAAUGUCAUUAAAUCUGAUUGAGUUGUCUUAAUAUUCUGUUUCACAACUUGACCAAUAGAAAUAGUUUUUGGAAUAAUCUGUUUGUUGUUUUGUUUAGUGAUUCCUGGAGUCAUUCAACUCUUUAGAAGGCAGCUUUCAGUAAAUUGUUGAGGAAGUGCAACAGCAGGUCAUUCAUUCAUUUUUUGGCAAUUUAUAGAGGAUAGAAAAGUUCUCCAAUAUCCAAUUUACUUGGUUAAAGAUGCCAUCUACCUCUUAUAGUUCAUUACCACCUUCCGAACAGUGGGAUUAUGAUGUGUUCUUGAGUUUUAGAGGAGAAGACACGCGUAAGACCUUUGUAGCCCACCUUUACAGAGAAUUACGUCGGGCUGGAAUCAAUACCUUCAAAGAUGAUUUAACACUAGAACGAGGUGCAUCGAUUUCACCUCAACUUGUCAGUGCCAUUAAACGGUCAAGGUUUGCCAUUAUCAUCUUCUCAAAGAACUAUGCAUCAUCCAAAUGGUGCUUGGAUGAGCUAGUGAAGAUCAUGGAAUGUCGAAAUGAAAUUGGGCAGGUAGUUGUACCAAUUUUCUAUGACAUAAAUCCAUCAGAAGUACGUUCCCAGAGAAAUAGUUUUGCCGAAGCCUUUUCCAAAUAUGAGGAGGAUUUCAAGGGUGACGCCAAUAAGGUGCAUAAUUGGAGGAAAGCCUUAAAUAAAGCAGCCAAUUUGACAGGCCAUGAUCUGCAUAGUAGUACUUACAAUGGAAAUGAGUCUUGGUGCAUUCAACACGUUGUGAAAGAGAUAGCUAAUGAUCUGUGCCAGAAGUCAAUGAUCAGUGGCACUCUAGUUGGAGCAGAAUCACAAAUUCGGGCUGUAAGCUCGAUGUUGAUGAUGAAAUGUGAAGAUGUUCGAUUUAUCGGGAUUUCAGGGAUGGGUGGUAUUGGCAAGACCACCAUUGCAAGAUCCAUUUUUGACAGGUUUUCUCAUCAAUUUGACGGUGCUUGCUUUGUUGCAAAUAUUAAAGAAAAUCAAGCUAAACAAGGAUUGCUGUCUCUGCAAAAGACUCUGCUUUCUAAGGUGCUGACCAUUGAAUCUGUGAAUCUUGCUGAUGAAUAUGGUGGAAUUGAUAUAAUAAGAAAAAGGCUUGGCUUUAAGAAGGUUCUAGUAGUUCUUGAUGAUGUGGAUCACCAAGACCAGUUGGAUGGGCUAGCUGGAGCCCAUGAUUGGUUUGGUAAAUACAGUAGAAUUAUUAUAACAGCAAGGGACAAGCACUUGCUUUUGAACUGUGAUGACACUUACAGAGUUAGUUUACUUGCUAUAGCUAAAGCGACUCGACUGUUUAGUUGGCAUGCUUUUAGAAAGACAUCUCCAGUCAAUGGUUUUAAGCGGUUCUCUCACCGAGUUGUAGAGUACGCUGGUGGUCUUCCCCUGGCGCUUAAAGUCUUGGGUUCCUUCCUUCGUGGACGGAACAUAAAGCAGUGGAGGAGUGCACUGGAUACACUGCGAGAUAUUCCUAAUGAUGAAAUCAUUUCAAAGCUUAAGAUAAGUUAUGAUGGGCUAGGGGAUAAAGUGAAGCAAGUUUUUCUAGACUUAGCAUGUUCAUUUGUAACAUCAGAUGCUGCUACUCUGAAAAAACUGUUCACUGAAAUAAUUAUUGAUAUCCUGGUUGAGAAGUCCCUCCUUUUUGUAUCAUCAUUUGGUAGGAUUGGGAUACAUGAUUUGAUUCGAGAAAUGGGCCGACGUAUAGCAGUGCAAGAAAACCCAAGGCGCCGGAUAUGGCUUCACGAGGAUAUUGCUGAUAUUUUAAGUGAACAUACGGGCGGAGAAGCGAUAGAAGUCAUACUAAUCCCGUUGAUGUCCAACUCAGAGGAGAAUACCAUUCACCUGAGCAAUGAAGUCUUCAGACAUAUGAAGCGACUAAGAAUAUUUGUAUCACCGUCUCACAAGAACGUCAUGUAUUUUUGCUCUCAUGACCCCAUUAAGUUUCUUCCUAACAGCUUAUGCUGGAUUAAUUGGUCAUAUUAUCCUUCACCAUCAUUGCCAGAAAAUUUUGAACCACCAAAGCUGGUGGGGCUUAUUAUGCAUUGCAGUUACGUGGUUAACCUCUGGAAGGGGUCAAAGCGUUUAAACAGGUUGAGUAUUCUUGAUUUGAGUGAUUCUCGAAAAUUAAUCCAAAUUUCAGACCUUUCCGGGUCUCCAAAUUUGGAGAGGCUAAUCCUAUGUCGCUGUGUUCGGCUGGUAGAGGUCCACCCAUCUGUUGGAGCCCUCAAAAAGCUUACUAUUUUAGAUGUGGAAGGUUGUGAAAAACUUGAAAGGCUUCCCUCUAAGUUUCAAUCCGGGUCUCUUGAAGUUCUAAAUUUUUCUGGUUGUCGGAGUUUGAGAAAAGUUCCAGAAAUUCAGCAAAAUGUGAAUCGUUUAACAGAAUUCAAGAAGCCAAACUUUGGGGUACUUGAAUUAACAUCAUCAUUCCUGAGCUAUCUAGAUUUGAGUGGCUGCAGUAACAUUGAAACGCUCCCUAGCAGCAUGUGCAGGUUGAAAAAUUUGAAGUAUCUGUACCUCAAUGGCUGUACCAAACUAAAGAACUUGCCAGAAGACAUUUGUGAACUAGUGAGCUUGGAGGGGCUUGAUGCGAGUGAAACAUCAGUUUGGUGCACCCCAAAUUCCAUCACAUGCUUGAGGAAACUGAAGUACCUAUCUUUUCGGAAAGUACCCAAGGCUUUUCAUGUCAGCGAUUUAUGCAGUUGGGGAUGUUUUGCCCAACUUGAUUUGAAGUUUCAGCUGCCCAGCAUUUUAUCAGUCUUUUGCACACUUAUAAGACUGGAUCUUAGUGCUUGCAAUUUAUUUGAUGGCAGUAUUCCUGAGGAUCUUGGAUGCUUGGCCUCACUACUAGAGUUAAACCUGAGCAGAAAUAACUUCACCUUUUUACCUAAAAGCAUUGUGCUACUUAACCGCCUUCGACACCUUGACAUAACCUAUUGUGAAAAGCUAACAGAGCUGCCAGAGCUUCCUCCACGUAUAAUGAAACUGUUUCUAGACGAUCGCUUUGCUUUGGAAAGCAUUCCAACACUACCAACCAUGUACAAAGAGUUGUACUUGGUCUCAUUCGCUAAUCAGAAGUUGCAAGAGAUGUGGUGUGCUUCACGCAGGGAAAGUUCUGGUGCGCAGAUGAGAAACUGUCUAAGGAAGAACAUGACGGACAUGCUAGAAGAGAUUCUCCUUCCAUUUUUGUCAAUAGUGCAGCUUAAGUUGGUUUUUGACGACCAGCGCAGAGGGGGGAGAUUUGGUAUUGUCUUCCCUAGAAGUGAUCCAAGUGCCAAGGUUCCUAGGUGGUUCAAGUAUCGUAAGACAUGUUCAACGAGGAUUUCCUUCAACCUGAAGAAACACUGGUAUAAUAAUAAGUUUAUGGGAUUUGCUAUCUAUUGUCAGCUUCCUUUCUUAAAUGAUGAAUCACCGAAGAAAAGCCGUAAUAGGCAGUUUGCAUUCAGUUUGUUCUGGGGUGCAACAAUCACUACAAAAUUGGUGCCAGAACGUACUGCUAUGGAUCAACGAACUCCUGAAAAAAUAGUUCCUUUGCAAGUGUCAAAUGUAGUAGCAUAUGGCAGUCAUGACUGCUUUAUUUUCUUACAAUUGGACCUAAGAAAGGUACAUUUUAAUGGUAAAGGUAAGGGCACAAUGUUGAUAGAUAAUCCAAAUGACUAUUGUAGAUUUGAGGCAUCUCUAGAUUGCCAUAUGUCAUCAAACUGGGGAGUUCGUCUGGUAUAUGCUGAUGAUAUUGAGGUGAUGAGGUUGGAGUGGGCUUGGCAGUCUAACAGAUUUGAGCUUGAGCAUUUGCGUGAAGAGGAUCUCGAGUUGUGUACUGGGAGGUUGAAAGAACUGUCAGUCCCAGGGGAAAUAAGAUAUUUUUAUGCAACACUUAUUUUCUAUAAUUUGCCAGUUCUAUCGACUUGCCCUAGAUGCUUAUCCUUUGCUGAAGACUUGACCCACGUAUUCUUGAACUGUAAAUACUCUCAGCUAGUCUGGGAAGGAUCAAGAUUGGGCCUAAACUUUAAAGUUGGGUCGCCAAUUGAAUUUCAAGAGUGGUUACUUACCUGGACUUUGUCAGCUCCUGAAAAUGAAGAUUUCAGUUUUUCGUUAGCUGUCCUAUGGGCGAUCUGGAAGCACAGAAACAAGUUAGUGCAAGAAAGAGCUGUUUUUGUUCCCUCAGAAGUCAUUUCCACUGCCAUUAAAGAGCACUCAAGGUUUCCAUAUUCUGUAGGCAUAGCAAUAAGAGAGCUCUAUGAGGUGCAUAGAGGAACAAUCGUCGAUCUCAAUGCUUUCAACGUUGAUUCUGAUGUACAGCUGGACGACAACGUACUAAUAAUGGAGGUUAAGGGAGCUUGGAAAGAGGGACAAGAAUGGGCCGGAAUGGCAUGGAUAGCUUAUCGGUGGAACUCUGGGGUUAAAGUGGCUGAAGCUAGAAGAUCGUUGAAGGUCAGUAGCAAACUACAUGCAGAAGUACAUGCCUUUGAGCAUGCAGUGAAAUGGUCCCUCGUCGUAGAUUCUCCAAUCGUAAUUUUGUCUAACAACCAGAUCUUGAUUAAGGAACUCCAUAAUUCAGAUUGCUGUUCAGAUCAAGACAUUGUCUGUAUGUUGCAUGAAUGUCUGGAAUUCAUGGAAGCAAAUGAAAUAUCCUGGAAAGUUGUCAAAGUUCCAAGUUAUGCAGUAUCAGCUGCAAAGAAAGCAGCAAAAAUGGCCAUGAAAAUUCACAUGGAUGUAUUGAACUGGGAUCCAUACCAUAUUGACAUUUAAACUGUGCAACUUAGGUGAGAGUUCCAACAAGCUUGGGCUUGUUAUGAACCUUGCUUCUCCAGAGAGCUCUAUCUUGAGUUGUUGGUUGAAAUGGAAUCAGAUUCGACCACUGUUGUCAAAGGCGCACUUAAAGCGCGCUUAAGCCUUGAAGCGAGACGCAAAACAUGUUGAGCGCUUCGCCUAGCUUAGCGCGCCCUUUAGUGUCGUCAUCAAUGCUCUAAGGCAUACUUUUUCUUGCCAAUGAGCGUAAUCCUAAAAAUGCGACACUAAACAAUUGAUAUUUCAGUUUAUUCUUUCUUUUUCUUUUUCUUUUUUAAUUUCUUUGUCCAUAGAUUUGUUAUUUAUGCUUAUAUUAUUAGUCUAGAACUACACAUACAUAUUUAUAUUUUUCCUCAAUUGCGUCUUUUUUUAUUAAAGCCC